AUGGAUAUCUAUAAUCCAAAAGUUGACAAUCUUUCUUUUCAUACAAACACAAGAAUGGAUAUAACAACUCUAUUUGAAAAAUAUAAAAAGACUCAUAAUAAAUUAAGUCCUUUAUCUUUGAAUCAAUUUUAUCCUAUGGCAUUAAAUGAGAAUUGUGAUUUACUAUAAAUUUAACCAGAUAGUGAAGUCUAAAGUUUUAUUUCCUUUAGAGAACUAAAUUAAGGGGCAGUUUCAGAAUUAAAAAGAUCAUUUUAACAAUCAAAAAUGGUUUGGAAUAAUUAUAGUAAACAUCUAUUUGGAGAGUCAUCUUUAGAUGAAUAAGAAAUGGAAAAUGUUGAUUAAGAGAAAUUUUAUACAUCUAGAAAAUUAUAAUUAAUUCAUAAUAGAGAAACCUUUCAUAAAAUGAGACAAUAAUAUAAAUAAUAAGAGGAAUCUUAAAUGAAUCAAGUUAAAUAAGCUAUAAAAAAGAUUCAUUCAUAAACUAAUGGAAUAAAAGUUUAUCCUUCUUUAGCAUAUUAGGAUUAAUAAAAAUUAGAGUUACUAAGAAAAUAAGUAAGAUUAGGAGGUGUUUAAUAAUUAUAAGAAAGAAACAUUGAUGCUUAAUAAUUAUAAAAAAGAAUACUUGAAUCAUAAGUUGCAUUAAAUUAAAUAAAAAAACAAUAUGCUUAUGCUUAUAAUUAUGAUUAUAAUUUUUGGGGUCCUUGUUCAAGGGAUGGAAGCACAAUGGUUACUUAUGAUAGAAAACUUUAUUUGUAUGGAGGUUCUAGUGCAAUUUAAUAAGAAGAUUUGUGUGUAGCUAUAGUUGAUAAAUGUACAUAUGAAAUAAUUAAUAUAUAGAGUUUUACAAAUGGAAUCCUCAAAAAUUAGAUGAAAAAUCUAUUCAUGGAUAUAGAGUUCAUCAUACUGCUGGAAUCUAUAAGAAUUUUAUGAUUUUAUUUGGUGGUGAAAUUCAUAUUGAAUAAUCUAAUCACAAAAUAGUUAGUGAAUGUACUAGUGAUAUUAAGACAAUAUCUUUAAGUAAUAAUAAUUUAUAUUUUAUAAAGCAUCUUUUGAUAUUAAAUUAAUUAAAUAACCUGGAACAGUAUCUCCAAGAAAAUGUCAUAUCAGUGAAAUUAUUGGAAGAUGCUUAUUAGUUUUUGGAGGAAUCGAUAAUAAAGGUAAUUAUAUGAAAGAUUUACUUUGUUAUGAUAUUUCAUAAUCUAAAUGGAUACCUUUAAAUGUAGAUCCACAUGAAUUAUAUGCAAAUGGAAUUGCUUUUCAUAAAUCUAGCUUAGUUACUUAAAAUAAAUUUUGUGAUAUUUAUCGUUAAGAUCCUGAUCUAAAGUUUUCCAAUUAAGGAGUAUAUGUAUUUGGAGGAUAAGAUAAAUUUGGAAAUUAUUUGGAUACAUUUAUUCGUAUUGAUGUAUAUUAAAAACCUAUUCGAUUUGAACUUGUAGAUUAUAAAGGAAGCAGUCCUAGUAAGUAUUUUUUUAUUAAUGUUAAGUGGCUAGAUGUCAACAUUCUAUGAAUUACAAUGAAGUUUUGGGCGCAAUUGUUGUCUAUGGUGGAAAGAAUGAUGACAAUACUAUUGAAGGAUUCUUAAAUGAUUUAUAUUUAUUUGAUGUUAAGAAUUCCUGUUGGAUUCAAUUAGAAUUAAAAGGAACUUAAAUACCUGGAAGAUGUGGACAUUCAUCUUCAUGUUUAGAUACUAAAAUUUUCAUUUUUGGAGGAUACAAUUAUAAUGGUUUUGUCAAAAGUGAUAUCUUAGUUAUUGAAUUAGAUUCUAAUAUUUCACAUCAAUUAAUUUAAUCAGAUAAAAUUAAUGAAGAUAAACCUAGAAAUUCUAAAAUUGUAGUAUCUUUUCGUUAGUUACCUGAACAAAGAAAUAAUAUUGAUAAAGCUAAUGAAAGGAAAAAAGAAAUUGAAAAAUUAAACUUUAAAAAUUCUCAUUCAUUUUUACCUAUGCCUAGAAGAGUCACAAUGCUUAUUAAUGCUAUGAGAUUUGGAUAAGAGCCUAAAAAAAUUAAUGAAAUUUCUGGACCAAAUUCAAAUAAAAAUUCUCCAAAAGAUGGUACCAGAAGACCUCAUCGUAAUAUGACUGUUCUUGUUGAUGGCAAAUAAGAUAAAUGA